AUGUCUGAAUUUAAAGACUGGUACUACAGUGUACCCUACUUUACACGUUAUUGGCUUACUUUUACAAUUGUUUUAAGUAUAAUAGGCCGAUUUGGUCUAAUAAAUUACCAUUACUUUGUGUUGGAUUUGCAUGCGUUCAUCUAUCAAUUCGAGAUAUGGAGACCAAUUACAGCUUUAUUCUUUUAUCCAAUUGGACCAGGAACGGGAUUUCAUUUCUUGAUAAACUGUUACUUCCUGUAUAAUUAUUCACAAAGGUUAGAGACGGGGAUGUUUGCUGGAAAACCUGCUGACUAUUUUUACAUGCUACUUUUUAACUGGUUCCUCUGUGUUGUAAUAGGAUUAUUGGUCAAUUUACCGAUUUUAAUGGAUCCCAUGGUAUUAUCUGUACUGUAUGUAUGGUGCCAGCUAAAUAAAGAUGUUAUAGUUUCCUUCUGGUUUGGUACUCGGUUCAAAGCAAUGUAUUUGCCAUGGGUUUUGCUUGCAUUUAACCUUGUUUUAAGCGGAGGUGGCAUGAUGGAACUAAUUGGCAUCUUAAUUGGUCAUGUGGCAUUCUUCCUUUUAUUCAAGUACCCACAAGAAUUUGGUGGUCCAGCACUUCUGACACCUCCGGCUUUCUUGAAGCGAAUUUUUCCAGACACCCGCUACGUUGGAGGAUUUGGUACUGCACCACAAGCCAGAGUACCCACACGCCCUGGUGGCACUGUAUUUGGAGGCCAUAAUUGGGGUCGAGGACACACGCUUGGCGGGAAUUGA